AAAGGAAGCCCCGAUGACUCGCUAAAGGAUGGCACGAGAGACCAGGCACCUCUGGGUGGGGAAUUUACCGGAAAAUGUGCGCGAAGAUAAAAUUAUCGAGCAUUUUAAACGAUAUGGCCGUGUGGAAAGUGUCAAAAUUCUUCCCAAAAGGGGCUCAGAGGGUGGAGUGGCAGCCUUUGUGGAUUUUGUGGACAUCAAAAGUGCACAGAAAGCACACAAUUCUGUCAACAAAAUGGGCGACAGAGAUCUACGGACGGAUUACAAUGAGCCUGCCACUAUUCCCAGUGCUGCUCGGGGAUUAGAUGAUACCGUUCCCAUAGGAACUCGUACUAGAGAGGUUUCAGGGUUCAGGGGAGGUGGUGGGGGGCCAACAUAUGGACCACCACCAUCACUACAUGGACGGGAAGGACGUUAUGAACGGAGACUUGAUGGGGCUUCUGAUAACAGGGAGCGUACUUAUGAUCACAGUGCCUAUGGACACCACGAUCGUACAGCGGCAGGGUUUGAUCGUCCCAGACAUUAUGAACAGGAUUAUUUUAGAGACCCUCGGGAUCGAACUAUACAACACAGAGUUUACUAUGGGUCAAGAAGUCGAAGCCCAAGUCGAUUUGAAGCUCAUGAUCCACGAUAUGAACAAAGAGGGAGGGAACAGUUUGCAAUAUCGAGUGUAGUGCACCGGGACCUCUACAGGGAAAAUAUUACACGGGAAGUACGAGGAAGGCGACAGGAAAAAAAUUAUCAGCACAGUAGGAGUCGAUCCCCACAUUCUUCACGGUCAGGAAACCAGUCCCCACAGCGAUCAAGCCAAGCAUCAAGGUCACGUCGGUCUCCCAGUGGUAGUGGGUCUCGGAGUAGGUCAUCAAGCAGUGAUUCAGUGAGCAGCAGCAGUAGUACCAGCAGUGACAGCAGUGAUUCCAGCAGCAGUUCCAGUGAUGAGUCUCCAGCACGAUCAGUACAAUCUGCUGCUGUACCCGCACCACCAACCCAGCUCGCACCCUCGAUGGAAAAGGAUGAACCACGAAAGAGCUAUGGCAUCAAAGUUCAAAAUCUGCCGGUCCGUUCUACUGUGGGACUAACUACAGCUGAUUUUACAAAACUGAAAGCAGACACAAGCCUUAAAGAUGGCCUUUUCCAUGAAUUUAAGAAGUAUGGUAAAGUAACAUCUGUGCAGAUUCAUGGUGCAUCUGAAGAUCGCUAUGGACUAGUGUUUUUUCGACAACAAGAAGACCAGGAGAAAGCUAUGAAUGCAUCAAAGGGGAAGUUAUUCUUUGGCAUGCAGAUUGAAGUGACUGCCUGGACAGGCCCAGGUCCCCUUGCAGAAACGGAAAGUGAAAAUGAAUUUCGACCUCUGGAUGACCGAAUAGAUGAGUUUCAUCCGAAAGCUACAAGGACACUAUUUAUUGGAAACUUGGAGAAAACCACAACCUAUGGAGACCUUCGAAAUAUUUUCGAGCGAUUUGGGGAGAUUGUGGACAUUGACAUCAAGAAGGUAAAUGGAGUUCCUCAAUACGCUUUCCUACAGUACUGCGACAUUGCAAGUGUCUGCAAAGCCAUCAAGAAAAUGGACGGCGAGUACCUAGGAAAUAACCGGCUCAAGGUCAGCAAGGAGAAAUACAGUCAUUUGCUUAUCAGGAAUAUUCACUUAUCAGGAGUUCACAGUGAAAUAUUACUGGGAUUUGGAAAGAGUAUGCCCACUAACUGUGUCUGGCUGGAUGGUUUGUCUUCAAACAUCACUGAACAAUACUUAUCCAGACAUUUCUGUCGUUAUGGACCCGUGCUCAAGAUUGUAUUGGACCGACAGAAAGGAAUGGCUUUGGUGUUAUAUGAUGAAAUUGAAUGUGCCCAAACAGCAGUGCAGGAGACCAAGGGCAGGAAGAUUGGCGGAAAUAGAAUAAAGGUGGAUUUUGCUAAUCGUGAGAGUCAGCUAGCUUUCUACCGAUCCAUGGAAGUUUCCGGGCAGGACAUGCGGGAUUUAUAUGAAAUCUUUGCUGAGAGAAGGGAGGAACGAAGGGGAUCUUUCCAUGAAUAUCCAGCAGAUCGUCCUUACUUUGAAGCUGUCAGGGGGCCUGCUGCUGUAUUCCCUGAAGACCCACGCAGAGAUUAUCGUGCACGGAGUAGAGAUUUUUAUGAGUGGGAUCCUUAUCAGGCUGAAUACUAUGAUCCUCGAUAUUAUGAAGAUCCCCGGGAUUAUAGAGAUUACAGAGACCCUUACGAGCAGGAUAUAAGAGAGUACAGUUACAGACAGCGGGAACGGGAAAGAGAGCGAGAACGUUAUGAAACGGAUCGCGAUCACGAAAGACGAACCUGUGAGCGGAGUCAAAGCCCAACGCACUCACGGAGAGCCCAGAGUCGCAGUGCGUCACCAACACAGUCUGAGAGACAUCAAAGUGAUAGUGUAGACUCUGAACGCAGACUGUACAGUCGCUCUUCGGAUCACAGUGGUAGCUGCAGCUCUCUAUCACCACCUCGAUACGAGAAGACUGAUAAACCAGACAAAAUUCGAGUCGAGCGUUACGACAAAAAUGAAAAGGAUCGGCUGUUUGAACCUGAGAGAACUGACAAACGAGCCCCAAGAAAGGAGAAAGUGGAGAAAGUGGACAGGUCCAAACAAAAACCUGAAAAGCCUGAAGUAGAGAAAUUAGACAAGAAAGAGAAAAAUGAAAAGCCCAAAAUCCGCAAAGUAAAAGCCCCGUCUCCAAGCUCCCCCUCGUCUGAAACCGAUCAAGAUUUGGACAAGGAUCUCAGCCCCGAUGCUCAAAAAAGUAAAACAAAACCAGGGAAAGAAAAGGUAGAGAAAGAAGGAACGUCAAAGAAUCGUUUGGAUUUAAAUCCAUGUGUGGUUUUAACCCGAGUAAAGGAGAAGGAAGCAAAGGUGGUUGAACCACCUGUUUUAGAGAAACCAAGAGGAAAGCCAGAGAAUGAUGCAGUUAAAUCUCCUUCUGUGGAGCAGAAUAAGGUACAGUUAACUCGACUAGAUCAGACCAAACCUGAGCUGUCAAAAUUGGAACCGAUCAGGCCCAAAGUGCCAAAAGACAAACCACUAGCCAGCCAAAUUGAGAUUGUGGAUAAGGAAGUGAAACUGAAACACAAAAAGAAUCUUAAACCAGAACAGUCUGCUGAAGCACCGAAUGCAAUGGACAUCGACAAACUGGAGGCCAGGAAAAGACGUUUUGCAGAUUCAACUUUAAGAACAGACCGACAGAAGUUGGAGGUUAAACGGGGCAGUCAGGAGGAAGAGGAGCUGCGUCUAGGCCUAAAAAAACAUCCUGAGUUGCCGCCUUCAAUGAGUAAAGAAGGAGAUUUGGAUCGUAGACCUCUGCGGAAAGAAUUGCUCAAAAGAGACCAUAGAAAAGUUAAGCAAGAGAAAAUGAUUCCAGCAUUCACUCCCAGAGAAGGACAAGAGUCUGCCUGUGUUCCUCUGGGGUUUGGCUUGCGGCCCAGCACAGAUGCACAGUCCAGAUUAGGUGAGCCAAAUGAAGAACCAAUUGAGGCUCAAGAAAUUGGAUUGAGGAAAUUAAAUACAGCAAAGGCUCAGAAUAAGGCAGUCGUUCAGCCUUCACCGAUUGAUGAGAUGCUAGGAGAAGGGGAUGUUAAAAGGGAAGAACGGAAUAGAAAAUACAGUGGUACAUCCGAAGAGACAAUUGAUCACAAGUCUGCCCAUGAGAAAUUGCAGCCAUCGGAUAUGGACGAGAAAGUUGGGAUUGAUAUUGAUUAUACUCAAAGCUAUAGGAAGCAGAUGGAGCAGAGCCGGAGGCUUAAACAGCAACAGGAAAUCGAGAUGGCAAAAUCAGAAAAAUACACCAGCCCUAGGAAAGAAAAUGCUGAUGAAUUUGAGAAAAGAAGCUUGGUUCAUGAAGUGGGUAAGCCUCCUCAGGACGUAACUGAUGAUUCUCCCCCGGUGAAACGAAGAAAAACUGACCAGUUUGAUUUUGAAAUUACCAUGAAAAGAGAGAGAAAUUACAGAAGCUCUCGUCAGCUAAGUGAGGAUUCAGAGAAAACCGUUCUCUCUCCUGGAUUUCGACACAUUCUGUCAUAUCAGGAUGAGGAAGAAAACGCCACUGACUCUCCACGUCAGCCAUUGCUACCAAAGGAACCUAAAGAUUCUCCCAAACUGGACCCUACAGUUCACAUUUCCAUGAGAGAAGAGCCACCGAAAUGCAAUGCUCAUGAACCGAGCAAGCGAGAGCAAACCUUGGAGUUAUCCAGAAUGAAACUAACAUCGCAGAGCUCAGAAGAAGAGACUCCGAGGUGGGAAACGCGUCUAAAACUAGAUGCGAAUCGCCUUGACGUUAGCUUUCCCAGUAGUAUUAUAAAACGAGAUGGAAUUCGGAAGCGCUCUGUCCGUGAGCUGGAACCAGGAGAGGUACCGUCGGAUUCUGACGAGGAUAAUGACAAAUCUCACUCACCUAAAGCUUCAACGUCUUUUGAAGGUUCUCGAUUACCCUUCUUUCUGCGGAACAGAGAUGACAGACUAUCGGACCUAAAACCACCCAGUUCACUAGAAAGGAAUAAAUUCUACUCGUUUGCACUUGACAAGACAAUCACACCAGACACCAAGGCACUGCUCGAAAGGGCAAAGUCACUUUCUUCAUCCCGAGAAGAGAACUGGUCGUUCCUGGAUCGGGAUUCAAGGUUUGCCAGCUUUCGGAAAGACAAAGACAAGGAAAAGGUUGAGUCGGCGCCAAGGCCAAUCCCAUCUUGGUACAUGAAGAAGAAGAAAAUCCGAACGGAUUCUGAAGGCAAAAUAGAUGAAAAGAAAGAUGAUCAUAAGGAGGAGGAACAGGAGCGACAAGAACUAUUUGCUUCCCGUUUCCUGCACAGUUCAAUUUUUGAACAAGAUUCAAGGCGCCUGCAACAUCUUGAAAGGAAGGAUGACGAUCUGGACAUCAUUUCGGGUCGAUCUUUUGGGAGGCAAGGGUCCUUUGAUGGUUCCAGCAAUACACCGGAGAUGGUGCAAGAGCCUGUUGUCUUGUUUCACAGCCGAUUCAUUGAAUUGACCCGUAUGCAGCAGAAAGAAAAAGAAAAGGAUCAGAAACCAAAGGAACUGGAGCGACGAGAAAUUGAGAAUGAAGUUCAGCCGAGAACACCAGAGGGUCUACCUGAGUUGAAAGAACCUGAAUUAAAGAUUAUAAUGCCUCAUCCGAGGCCUCUAGCACCACCACCUCCUACCACAAGUUCCCAAAUGAUUGAACAGCAUGAAACUACUCAGGAUAAAUUAGCAAGUGAAACAUUAGUGACUGAAAAGCUAGCUACUAGUUCAGGGGAGAGUCGUACAGAAUCAGCCCCUGUGGCUGAUGCACCUAAACCUGUCAUUGUUAAUGUUAGUCCCUGUGAAGAAAUUGAACCUAUUCUUAACAAGCAAAUACCGGUAGAUGUAAAUAUUACUGCAGAUCCAGUGGUUACUGAGCAAGAACGUGCAGUUCGAGAACAUCCUUCUUAUUUGGACACUAAACCACCAACUCCAGGAGGGACAAAUCUACAAGAUCUCUGCCCUGAUCCAGAGCCUGAAGUACUAGAGUGUAACACUGACUUUUCCAAACCUGUCCAGAGAGAGAUGGGAUCAGAUGACCACAAAGGUGACAAGAAUCCUGCCAGCAGUGUGAAUCAGAGAGAAGAGAAUUCCGAGGUCCAUCCGCACAUUUCUGACAAUGAAGUAGAUGCAGAACCUUGCCUCAUUUUAAAAGAAAAAAGAACUUCCAAAAGUAAACGAACAAAGACUCCAGUGCAGGCAAUCACUGUGAGUGUCACCGAAAAACCUGCCACCAGGAAGAGCGAGAGAAUCGACCGUGAAAAACUGAAGAGAUCAUCAUCCCCACGCGGUGAAAGUCAGAGACUCCAGGAACAGAAGCUGGAAACCGAAAAGGUCUCCAGAAAUACAGCAAAAUCUCCGAGUUCUGCCCCUGAGUCUGAGACGUCAGACACACCUCUGCCAUUAGGUAGAACAAGACGCAGGAAUGUGCGUUCUGUUUAUGCCACUGUUGAGGAAGGCCCGUCUGUAAAUAAAGAAUCGACAGAUGCCUCGCGUUCAACUAGGAAAAGAGGUGAAAAGGAAAUUCAAGAUUCUCCAAACGUACAAACUCCACCACGAAGAGGAAGGCCUCCAAAAUCCAGGCGUAGACCGGGUGACGAGACUUCUCCUAUUAAAGCUGAACCAGUGAAACAAGAAGUUGAGGAAGUAGAACAUAAAGAUGUCAUCGAAAGUCCCAAACCUGCUGAGGGAUGGAAGUCACCGAGGUCACAGAAAGCAGCCCAGAGUUACUCUUCAGCUACACUGAGCAGCCACGCGGGAAAGAAAGGUGUCAAAAUGGAAGCCCGAAUCCCAGAGAUUUGUGUUGAACCUGUUGUGGAUGUUGCAGAGUCUGUAAAUCAACAAAUGUCAACAGGUGAGCACAUCAGAAAAGCCUCAGUAGAUGGAGGUAAUGUACUAAGUGAUCAGAAACUUGACAAAAAUGAUGGAGAGUUGGAGAAAUGCCCAGCAGAUAGCAGUUCCAGUGAGUUGGUAGAAAAAAAGUCUACAGUGGAGAAAGGGUCAAAGUCAAAGGGCGGCAGAGGAAGAAAUGCAAAGCUCAGUGAAGACAAGAUGUGUCUAAGAAAUCUGGAAAUCAGACUCAACACUGAGGAAGUAAAAGGUGUUCUUCAGGCAGGUGAUGGAGAGGCGUCUAUGACGAAGAGCAAAGACACCCUGAAAGAGGACAAUCCAUCACUCAAACUCAAAGAUGAAACUGAGCAUCCUUUUUCAGAAACACCCAAAUCACCAGAAAAUAAGCCUGAAUGCUCACCAGAGGCUGUACAGCGUGCGAAACAGAUAGAACUUGAAAGAGCAGUGGAGAAUAUCGCAAAAUUAACAGAAAUUCCAACCUUACAUCCUUACAAAGAGCCUUCAGAUGACUCAGAUGUUAGAACAGAAGAAGAGGUAGAAAAGCCUGCCCAUCUGGCCAGUGAAACUGAGCUUGCAGCAGCAAUUGACUCCAUCAUUGCAGAUGAAUCGGCAGAAGCAGAUGGCUUUCCAUCUGCUCCAAGGUACCCUGCUGAACCAGCGGUAGCGGGUAUUUCAGAAGAGCAGAUAGCACUGUCCACACCUCCAGAAAGUGUACAACCAGAAACUGAUCAGGCAAUUGCCAACAUAUUGGAGGCUGAUGCAGAUGCUGGUGUCUCAGCCCGUUCACUUUCUAAGGCGUCAUCCUCUGGCCGCUCGAUGUCUAAGUCCUCAGCUUCAAGCCGUUUGUCCAAAGCCCCAAUCCGCUCAGUUUCUAAAAGUCCCACCUCAAUGGACCAUCCAUUUCCUGAAAAUUCUGCCUCAAUAGACACUGUUUCUGAAACUGGCCAACUGGUUGAUGGUAUAAUUUCUGAAGAUCUCCCUUCAAAAGAGAAAUCGAGUUCUGAGGCUCCUGUCUUCGUGGACUCGGCCUCAUCAGAAAGCGUCAUUUCAAAAGCUGCUUCUUCCUCGGACACUUCCAAUUCUAAAGCUUCGUCAGACAAUGUGAUUGCUAAAGCUUCUUCAGCCGACAAUGUCAUUGCUAAAGCUGCUCCCUCUUCAGACACUGUAAUUACUAAACCUUCAUCGGACAGUGUAAUUACUAAACCUUCAUCGGACAGUGUAAUUACUAAACCUUCAUCGGACAGUGUAAUUACUAAACCUUCAUCAGACAGUGUAAUUACUAAACCUUCUUCAGACGGUGUAAUUUCUAAAGCUUCUUCAGAGAGUGUAAUUACUAAAUCUUCAUCGGACAGUGUAAUUUCUAAAGCUUCUUCAGAGAGUGUAAUUACUAAAUCUUCAUCGGACAGUGUAAUUUCUAAAGCUUCUUCAUUGGAUAAUGUUGUUUCUAAAGCUUCUUCAUCAGACAGUGUCAUUUCUAAGGUUUCUUCAUCGGAUAGAGUCAUUUCUAAAACUACUUCAACAGAGAGCAUCAUAUCUAAAGCUUCAUCGGACACCGUCAUUUCUAAAGCCUCAUCAGAAACUGUAAUUUCUAAAGCUUUAUCAUCAGAGACUGUCAUUUCUAAAGCCUCUUUGUCGGAGACUGUCAUUUCUAAAGCUUCUACCUCUUCAGAAAGCGUGAUUUCUAAAGUUUCGGCCUUGUCAAAGAUUUCUGAAGCUGUUGUCUCGGUGGAUAGCAUCUCAGUAAGUAGUGUUGUCUCUCAAGCGCCUGCAUCAAAAGGUGGCGUUUCCCAAGUUCCAGUCUUGGAAAAUUUGGUUUCAAAAGCUGCAGUCUCAGUUGAUUCGAUUUCAAAAGCUGCUCCAGUGCUGACGGCAGUGACUGAAGCGAACGAUGCUGAUGUGUGCCCCCAACAAAAAGAUGCAGAUGCACGUCUCCAGCAGUCUGCAACCACAGCCCAGGGGACGGAAAAACUUCCAUUGCCAGAGCCCAUUGAGGUCCCACGGACUCCUGGUCGCAGAGGACGCCCAAAACCUAGAAACACUCGGCGCAAUAAGAGAACCAGCGCCAGCAGGAAGGGAGAUCCAACCGACAGCAAUAAUUCAGAACCUGAAAUCGUGCAGGUUUCUACAGAUUUAAAACAGAAUAGUGUUGCAAAUACAGUGGAGACAAUCUUAGAAAAACCUUUCAAGGAACCCUCAAACAAAAAAGUGGUAGAGCCACUUUGUGCUGCUCCCAGGAGUGAUGUUGAGAAUCUGACCAGAGUAGAAUUGGGCAAACCUGAACAUGUAAGAGCCACUGAACCAGAUAAGGAGCCAGCAGCUGAAGCCGUUUCACCUCAUGAGCCACUACUUUCAUCGCGUUGCGAAGAGAGUAAGAGUCCUUCGUAUUUCAAAUUAAAGCAACCCACUGAUCAUAUGCCUGAAAUACAACCAAAACCAAAUCUGCCACGUGUGGCCAUUACUGCUCUCCCUACUACAGUUGCUGCAAAGAUCCCAGUAACUGUAACUUCUGGCUUGGUGUCUACGCAUGCUAGUUCUGGGAUUGUGCCAGAGUCCUGGUUGUCUAGGCAUGAAGCUGCCCGUACGUGCUCCACCCCACCCCCAGCUCCCCCUCCAGAUACUAAAGCUUCUGACCUUGACACCAACUCCAGUACCUUGAGGAAAAUUUUAAUGGAGCCAAAAUAUGUGUCCGCUACCAAUGCCCCAACUACGUUUGUUACCACGUCUAUAAGUGAGCCACUAUCUGCAGUUCGAUCAGAGGAAGGUUUUCCUACAAGUGAGAGUAAAAAGCUGGUCCUGGAUGAGAAGCCUGCAGUUCCACCAAGCAGUGUUGGAGGACCACAUGCACCAGAGGUGUUUUUUAAUGAAAAAGAAAACCUUGUCAGUUCUCUAAUUGCACCCAAAGUCACGUCCGUGAUCAGCAGAAUGCCACUAAUUGUAGACCACGAGGAAAUGCCAAAAGUGGCUGUCAACAGUCGUGGCCCUGCCAACCUUCCAUCUCUGUCAUCUACUCUACAAGCCAUGCCAUUGACCAAACAGAAAUACAGACCAAACUUGACUGAAAACAGCAGGUAUCAGCUUGGAACAGUGGGAUUCAUUGGGGACGAGUCCAGGCCAGUGGAUAGCGUCCCAUUAAACCAAGGGUCAAGUCUGGGUUUGAGAGUGAAUACAUCUGAAGGGGUGGUUGUUUUGAGUUACUCGGGCCAGAAGACGGAAGGUCCUCAGCGCAUAAGUGCUCCAAUCAGCCAGAUACCGCCAGCGAGUGCAGUUGAUAUAGAAUUUCAGCAAUCUGUAUCCAAGUCUCAAAUCAAACAAGAGCAAGUCACGCAGGCCCAGCCGAUGGUAAAAAGUUCACAAACUGCAACAGGCUACAGCAAUGUCAUUAGUACCCAUUCUUCAAGUGCACUCACUGGGCAUAUGAGCUCUCAGCCUUAUAAUACGUCACCUGUGAUUUCUUCUAUUAAACAGGAACACCAAAUCCAAGACAAAUCUGAAGCUGCUCUCCAUUCGGGUCCCUUGCCUGCUUCUCAAUCAGGGGCAAGUAAGAUUGUCCCUGGAUCUGUCUCUCAGGUCCUUGUCUACAAUCUUAUGCAAACGCAGAAUCUUGUAGCUGCUGGCAAAAAAUCUGGAGAGCCUAUUGCCCCCAAAGUUGAAGCUGGCAAAGUACCACAGUCCACUCUGAGUCCAGGGAUAAGCCCACAUCAUGUUGCUGCUAUGCCAAGUAAAAUGCAGUCUGAUACGAACCACAUCAGUUCUGGCCAUGGCACCCCAAGUGAUCGAACCCUCCCUCUACCCGUUUCUAUAAAACAGGAACCCCAUUCUCCACGCACAUGUGUUCAUUCUCCCUCUCCAUUUCCUAAAGUAUGUCAGCCCAAUAACACCUCGGCCACUUCCCAGUCUAUAAAUGCUAGCACGGUUCUCAAUGCAGGUCUCUCUAUGUCACAGUACGUUCCCAGUGUCCAUUUACCCGAACAGUCAGUCAUUAUGCCCCCUCAUAGUGUGACACAGGCCCAGGGGGUCGGUUUAGGUCAUCUUUCUCAGGGUGAUGCGCGAAUGAAUGCUUCUUCAGUAUCGAGUAUUCCAUAUGGGAUACGUCCUGAGGCACACCAUCCCUCACCCAGGGCUGUGCUGCAACCUCAAAUGGAACUCCGUUCUCCGCGAUCAAACACGCCACAGUCAUCUGUUAUCAGGGACCUGUGCAUGCCUCCAUUAAAUAAUCAGCAUCAACCAGAUGAUGAGUUAAUGCAUUAUGGACUUCGAAGAGGAUCAGGUCCUUUGCAACCAGAUGUCCUUGUUAUGCAGCCAGACUACAGACUACGACUGGACCAAUACAACGUACCACAAGAGAUGUUGCUGCACCAUGAUGUUCGGAUGAUGUACCCACCUAUGUCUGCUGUAGGAGAUGUUCAUACAGAGGCCAGACAAGCCAGGACUCCUGAAGGAUCUGUUAAAACUCCUCCUGUUAGCAAAACCCCUCAACCAGUGAAAGAGGUCUCCAAACAAUCUGAGGUAAAAAUGGCACAUUCUCCUCGCAGUGAAGCCCGAUUGAUUGGUGUCCCUCCAGGAUUGCCCAUGUCCCAGUCUGUUAUGGUCUCUCAUGGGGUUCAGCUCAUGCACCCAGUCCCUGCUUCCUUCCACGACUUUCCACGUGUGUAUGGAGAACUGCGGAACUUUCACCCUCCUCAGCUUAGUCAUCAACAGUUUGCUGGUGUGUCUCCAAUAGGAAUAAAUUUGCCACCUCGCAGCAUGACUCCUCAGGGCAUUUCAGAGGGGGAACAUACACAUCCCAGCCAGAGAAGUAAAACUCCACAGAUAUCGCAGGAGUUAAAGGUGCCUGCUGCCUCUGAACAUUCUCAUCAUGUACCUAUGAACAGACUAUCUGCACAGGUGGAGCUACAGUCUCCUCACCUACCACAUCUGCAGCGAGAGAGGGUACAACCAGAGGUCAACCCUACUUCCUAUCCUUCUCCAACUGGCGUGUCAAUCAAACAUGAAUUGUCGUCCUCCCACCAACCCCUAACCCCAAAACAGCCAUCUUUUAUUUCAACACCUUCCUCAACACUGGGAGCGGCCCCAACGUCUGUGAUGUGUAGGACAGAUCCCCAGAGCCUGACCAAACAGGAGCCACAGCAACCCACCAGCUCACAAAGACCCAUGGACAUGGUACAGCUUCUAACGAAAUAUCCGAUCGUAUGGCAGGGUCUGCUGGCACUGAAAAAUGACACAGCAGCUGUGCAACUACAUUUUGUGUCUGGCAACAAUGUGCUGGCCCAUCGGUCCCUGCCAGCGCCCGAAGGUGGCCCACCUCUCCGAAUUGCUCAACGCAUGCGGCUGGAGGUUACACAGCUGGAGGGUGUGGCGCGACGAAUGACGGUGGAGACUGAUUACUGCUUGUUGCUGGCAUUGCCGUGUGGCCGUGAUCAGGAGGAUGUUGUGAGUCAGACGGAGUCGCUGAAGGCUGGUUUUAUCAGCUACCUGCAGCUCAAACAAGCUGCUGGGAUCAUCAAUGUUCCAAACCCUGGCUCCAAUCAGCCUGCUUAUGUUCUCCAAAUAUUCCCGCCCUGUGAAUUCUCCGAGAGUCAUCUCUCUCGCCUAGCUCCAGAUUUGCUUGCCAGCAUAUCCAAUAUUUCCCCUCAUCUGAUGAUCGUCAUUGCUUCAGUGUGAGCAUUUGUUUGGUCUUUUUUAAAAAAAAACCUUGGACUCCGUUACACUGCCAAUCUUCUUCCAAGCAGCGCCCGACUUGGACUAUGGGCAACUUUGUGUUUACAAUAUUUCCAGCCCUGGGUGAACUGAUGGGCUCCGGUGGCAGAGCGGAAAACCCUCUCUGGGCUCCUGCACUCUUGGCGAUUCCUGUUUAUGUGAAUUGGGAUUACCAUUGCACUAUAUUAGUGACUUGGUGACUGUAUGGCAGUAGAUUGCUAUGGACACUUAUCAUGGUGGCGUCCUGAAGUUUCUCUGAUGGACUUGAAGGCAGGACCUUGGAAAAACCCUCCCUGUAUCAGCAGCAGGGCGUGAGCGGGACAUCUUUCACCCUCACCUUCAGUUGUAAUUAUCAACUUCUUUCUUCCUUUUGUAAAUCUCCCUUUCUUCAAGAGGAAAUCAAAUGAGCUGAUUGCUGAGAGAAAGAGGGAUGAACAGUUUAAACAGAAAAGGGAAAUACACCUGAUGGGAUAUGCAGAAUCCUUGGAAACCAUGCAUUCAAACUUUACCGAAAUUAAAAACCGUACAAUUUUAUCUGUGCCAAAAUGCAUUUUCAGAGAAAACUUAUUUUCAUAUGCAGACUUUGUACUUUCAUUCAUUCUUAAGUGCGCUUCACUGCUCCCUUAACGCUGCCCUUCAAGAUGUGAGAGUAUUUUAUGCUUGUCAGGACAUCUGUUCAGUCUCAUUAAUUUAUAAAUUCUUUCCACAGUCUGUUCUUUGUUUUUUUUUUAUCCUUUCUGUUGUUUGGAGCGUUUCUAGUCUUGAUUUAAGCCAAUGUGGCAAACCCUGGUCUCCAAUAAUAAGCAAAAACUGGUACUGAGUGAAUGAGCCCCCACCCACCGAUAUUACAAGGGGACGGACAUGAGGGGACCAGGCUCCCACAGAAUGGGGUAUCGCUGUCUGAGCCAGCCAUGAACGCUGUAACUACCUACUGACAGCAAGCAGUCUCCUUGUGCUUUUUAAAUGGCGUUUGUAUAUAGUACUUUUGGAAUUCUGUGCUUUGGUCUCUGAUCUGAUUGAUUUGUGUAAAAAAAACAAAAGCCCAGACUUGAACCGUGUUACGCAGUGCUGUAAAUAUUUGUAAAACUCAAAAAAAAAACAAUUUCAUGGUAAUGUUGAAGGCACUUAUAAUUUUGAUACACAGAAUAAAAAUCUUAGCACAUUA